AUGGGGAGGAAGAGUCUCAGUCUGAUGCGGACUUUAGCUCUGCAGAAACAUCCUCUCUCCGUUUCUCUUCUUCCUUUAUUCCUUGGUUGUACCCAUCCUCACACACUGCUGACUUAUUUUACAGUCUGGAUCUUUCUCUUGUUCAUUGAAGAGGGAUUUGCUCUGGCGCAAAAGACUAAAGAUGGAGGUGCAGGAUCAAAAGGGGUAAAACCUUCUCAGCGGCCGCAGCAUUCUCGUUACUGUGGAAACUGGGUACGAAACACAGAUGGCGGCACAUUCAGCUCCCCAAACUACCCAAAAAUGUACCCUCCCAACAAGGAGUGCCUGUACGUACUGGAAGCCCUACCCCGGCAGAGGAUAGAGCUGCUGUUUGAUGAGAACUUCUACAUUGAGGCCUCAUUUGAAUGUCGUUUCGACCACAUUGAGGUGCGGGAUGGUCCCUUCAGCUUCUCGCCACUCAUCAAUCGAUUCUGUGGCUCUGCCAGUCCUGGACUUGUCCUCUCCAGUGGACGCUUCAUGUGGAUCCGCUUUUUCAGCGAUGAAGAGCUGGAAGGGAUUGGCUUCCAGGUUCAGUACUGCUUUACUGCAGACCCUGAAUUUCACCUUCAUGUUGGAGGACUGUUAAACCCCAUCCCAGAUUGUCAGUUUGAGCUGUCUGGGGCUGAUGGCCUGAUCCGUUCUAGUCAGGUAGAGGAGGAGUACAAAAUAAAGCCAGACCAGGCAGUGGACUGCAUCUGGACUAUACGCGCCCCAACAAACAACAGGAUUUACCUGCGGUUCUUGGAAUACCAGAUGGAACACUCAAAUGAAUGUAAGAAGAACUUUGUGGCUGUUUAUGAUGGCAGUAAUGCUAUCGAAGACCUAAAGGCCAAGUUUUGUAGUACAGUAGCUAAUGACAUCAUGCUGGACACUGGUGUGGGAGUAGUGAGGAUGUGGGCUGAUGAGGCAAGCCGUCUCAGUCGUUUCCGGAUGCUGUUCACAUCUUUUGCUGACCCACCCUGUGUAGGCAGCGCAUUCUUUUGCCACAGUAACAUGUGCAUCAACACUUCUCUGGUGUGCAAUGGCAUACAAAACUGUGUCUUCCCUUGGGAUGAAAGCAACUGCAAAGAGAAAAAGAGCAAAGGUCUUUUUCACCAGAUCACAAAGACUCAUGGGACAAUAAUCUGUGUGUCCACUGGAGUGGUGCUGCUGCUCCUCAUAAUCUCCAUUCUGGUGCAAGUCAAACAGCCACGUAAAAAGGUGUUGGUACGUAAGAAUAACCUGUUCCAGCGGGGUGACUUCCAGGAGGUGUUUGACCCUCCACAUUAUGAACUCUUUACUCUCAGAGACAAGGAGAUGUCUGGGGACCUUGGGGAGUUAUCGGAGGAACUACAGUCCCUGCAGGCACUCAGGAGAUCCUCAUUAGGUUCACGCUGCAUUCAUGAACACCAUUGUGGCUCUCAGGCCUCUGUCAACUCCAUCAAAGCCAGCCAGGGUGCACAUGGCAUGGGCAGGGGAUCCAUGGAGCUCCCCCCUUUCAGAGGGGACAUCCAGAGCACCUUACCACCUUUUCGGGACUUGAACAACAGCCUGCGUAAGAAGAGCUGGCCUAGUAUGAAACCAGACCGAAUGCAGGGGCAUCAUGGUAUGGGGGAUAGAGCAGUGGGGCGGCACGAUAGAGUGAUGGAAGAGGACGAAGAAGAAGAGGAGGAUGGACGGUACGAUGUGUAUGUGCACAGAGCAGGAAGCAGACGAGGGAACUAUGAAAUGGCCCAGCAAAGAUCCUUGUCCAUGGACUUCUGA